CUGAUUUUUUCCGAUCUCCACAGGAGAUAUGGUGGCUUCAUCGAGUUCAUGGGCGCGAGCUUUGCUUCAGAUCUCUCCGUACACAUUCUCCGCUAUCGGAAUCUCAAUAUCUAUCGGCGUCUCAGUUCUCGGCGCCGCCUGGGGAAUAUAUAUAACUGGAAGUAGUUUGAUUGGUGCUGCCAUCAAAGCUCCUCGCAUUACCUCCAAAAACCUAAUCAGUGUGAUUUUCUGCGAGGCUGUUGCCAUAUAUGGAGUCAUCGUGGCUAUCAUUCUUCAGACAAAGCUAGACAGUGUGCCUCAAACCAAGAUUUAUGACCCAGAGUCCCUCAGAGCAGGCUAUGCUAUAUUUGCAUCUGGAAUCAUCGUGGGUUUUGCAAAUCUUGUCUGUGGGCUAUGUGUUGGAAUAAUUGGCAGCAGUUGUGCUCUGUCGGAUGCACAAAACUCGACUCUUUUCGUUAAGAUCCUCGUUAUAGAGAUCUUCGGGAGUGCACUCGGACUAUUUGGUGUCAUCGUAGGCAUCAUUAUGUCUGCUCAUGCAACUUGGCCUAUGAAGUAAAUCAUUCCAUGCAGUAAAACUCGGGUAUCUUUAAUGCUUCAUAUAUUUUUUUCUUCUUGUAGUUUAUGUUCUUCUAGAGAGAAACCAAAAUCCCAAAAAUAUUCCACUUAGGCUGUGUAUGUAAUUCUUCCCAUUAAUAAAUAAUAUCUGAUCCUUAAAUUCUUUUCUGGUUA